AUGGGUGACUCGGCAACUUACCAAAAUGUUGUCAAUGUGAACGAACAUUUCAAGGGUAAAUACACCAUUCAAUACUUGCCCGCUUCGUCUGUGAAGCUCAAUCCAUUCCACUUCGAAAAUAUGUGUAUCGAAUCAAGCCCAGAUUCGUCUUUUUUCCCACACUCAAUACCGUUGCCUAUCGAAUUCAACACAACAUCCGAGGUGGAUUUCAUUCAAAUAAAACAUAUUUCUCCUUCCAACACCAUCUCUCUUAUGAAUUAUACCUCCCGUGAUGUUCGGAAGCUAGCUAAACGUGACUACUCACAUUUGACGGAAUAUCCUGGGUAUGUUCUGAAAGAUGAUCGAGUCUUCUACUUGGAAGUGGAUGUGACGAAGCCGGGAAGUUACUCCAUACACAACGUUUUGGACUCUGAUGGGAUGAAUAUUCGCCCUUACAAAAACAGCUUCACCUUGGGCUAUUGCCCGACUGCUCGAUUUUCGUAUCCUGGUCUAGAACUGGAAUACAUGGCAUAUAAGUGUAUCGGUGGAAAAGACGAUGACGAAGAUUGGACACUUCCGUUGAUUAGCACAUACGGUGUUGGUCCCUUGAAUGUGGAAAUAGCCGCAAUUUCAAAUGGAAGGACAAUCAGCAAGUUUAAUGCCACCAUAUCUGGUGAGGAGUUGGAUCAGGAUGGACUUGGGUGGCUCCAGAGCCAAGAAAUAUCCAGAAACGGUUUAGAGCAAGAAAUUUUACGUGAUCCAUCGCUAUUCUACAAAGCAAAAGCUGGUACCCUUGAAUUUCAAAUUCUCGGCGUCUCUGAUAAAUUAGGUAACAGAAGACCUUACAACCCAGCAUCAAAAGAUAAGGAUGUCAACUACGCUAUUCAAUUAAAGGAAUCUGCAGAGGUGGCACUUGUCGAUUUUAAACCUGGAUCUCCGUUACUUCUUAACCAGACAAAAGCACUUUAUUUUCAAACAAGUCAAUCCUUAUCUCCAUCAGCUACCUUCAUUGUUCAGUUUGAAGAUGAAAAGUCUGCUAGAAAGGAAAACAUCACCCUCACUUUCGCAAACUUAGACGAACUUAAACGUGGAUUUUCCGUGAGCAAACCUGGGCGUUAUUCUUUAAUUGAAGGGCAUGAUAAGUUUUGUCCGUGCGGUGUCAACAGCGGGAAGCAAAUUUCAAUAACGACCCCAGAUCCACCUUCCGUUUCUAUUCGCGGAUUGCCUUUGACUGAUAAAUGUGUUGGAACCGUGGGCUUUGAAUUUACUUUCUCAUUUACAGGGCAGCCGCCUUUUGAAGUAAAUUAUAACGUGUUCAAAAACAGUUCGGGUAUUCUUAGACCCGUACUUAAUGAAAGAGGAUUGAAGGAGCACUCUAAAAAGUCUUCUGGCCACCGGUACCAGUUUCAAUAUAAGCCUCGCCAAGAAGGUAGCUAUGUUUUGGUUUUCAAAAGUGUGAAGGAUAAAUAUUACCAAACUAUACCAGUCCUGAUUCCUGAAGCAGAAAACACUUUUGCCACAUACUUCCAUCAGAGAUCAAAGUAUUAUAUUUUUGAUGGCACUGGAUCUAAACAACUAUCUGUUUGCAAAGGAGGAGUGACAGAAAUUCCUAUUCAUUUUGAAGGUAAUCAUCCUUUUGCCUUUAAAUAUUCUAUUUCAGAUCCUUCGGGGAAGAUCGUUGCUCAAGAAACUGUCAAAGAUUAUUUUCAGGAUUUUUAUACAAUAAGAACACCAGAACUCUCGAAACGUGGUGAUUUCCAAGUAUCUAUUACGGAAGUCUCAGAUAAUCUUGGAUGUCCCGUGGAAAGCUCGGAAAAUGUUGUCGUUAUCAAGGCACGUGGCGAAGCUCCGUCCGCCCAAUUUGAGAAGAGCUCCUUUCAUCAGAUCGUUGAAGGUGAUUCAGUCUCAGUUCCUCUUAAAACAGCUCAUAUCGUUGGAUCACAAAGCAACAAACUUGUUUAUAGUAAGACUGGUUUGCACGAUAAAGCUUCAUCAAAAGACUUGGUCCUUCAAGGCGCAUCCACACUCCAUCUCAAAGAAGAGGGUGUCUAUCGAUUGAAAUCGUUCGAGAACGGUGGGUGUCCAGGUGUGGUAAGUGAAAGUGAAACUAUUACUGUUCUGUUUGCUCCAAAACCUAACAUUACAAUUAUCGCUGACACGAAGCAAUCUUCAAGUUUUGCUCGCCUUGAAUCGAGUUGUCAAAAUGGUAUAAGGAACGUUACCCUUCGCUUGGAAGGACAAAAGCCAUUUGUUAUUCCAUAUGUGGUUACAUACCCGAACGGAAGGACAAGGUCAUCUUCAAUAUCGAUCGAUGACUACGAAGUAACCAUUCCCUUACCAACAAAGGAAAGUGGCAGUUACUUGCACGAAUUUACAACCGUUUAUGACUCGUUGUACACUCAAAAAGCCAUGUCUCGCAUAUCAAAGCAGUCACCUGGUGCUACAGUUCAGUAUGACGUUUUAGAGGCGCCCGAUUUUUCUGUGGACCAGCAAUACAUUCAGCUAUGUGAACGUGCUAGCACAAACAACAUAGUUCCAUUCAAGAUUCCCGUGACAUUUGAAGGAAAGUACCCUUUCACUGUUAAGGGAAGCAUUAAAAAGAAGGAGAGCUUGGAAAAAGAAGCUUUUGAAAUUUCGAACGUCUAUGUGCCCGAAAUUGACUUGAACAACGCCAAAUUGAAACAUGAUUUCUCAGUUGGUGAGCACAUUAUUCAGUUUGACGAAGUGAUUGACGGCAACGGGUGUGAUCGUUCUUCCCUCGAGAAGCAUAAUACUGUUCUGGUAUCCAUCACAAAAGUUCCAUCGAUUUCUAAAAGCAGUACCAAAAGCUACUAUUGUGUUGGGGACCAUAUCUCAUACAAUAUGUCUGGCGUUUCCCCAUUCACGAUCUUUUACCAAUUCAAUGGACAAAAUAGGAAAACAGAACUGGGGUUCGAAUUCCAACGCUUGGCAUCGAAAGCUGGUGAAUUAGCGAUUGUUGCAUUACAGGAUUCCUCGGCCACGCUGUGCCUAGUAAAUUUUACGACAGACGGAGACGUGUUUGAGUCCUUGAAAUUACGAGUGCGUGACUUGCCGUCAGUGGAAAUAAGUCACGGCGACUCGAUCAUUGAAAACUUGAACGAGGGAGACCAGACAGAAAUUACAUUCAAGUUUACCGGUGUUCCGCCAUUUGAGGUGACAUACGUCAGAACUCUCGGCGAAGAAGAAGGAAGACACAAGAAGAGGAGAGGUGCUAAGGAUGUUACUCGUGUGCCAAGGCGUAUCGUGGACACAAAAACCAUCCGUGACAUUCAUGGGUACGAGUAUACGGAAGUUGUGGGCUUAGAAGGUACUUACGAGGCUAUCCGUGUCUCCGAUGCGUAUUGCAGUGCCUCGCGAGAUGUUAAUGAAAUCUUAUAG